UAUAGAAGCUCUCAGCAGCUCUCGAGAGCGUCUCAUCAGCUCGAGAACGGUGCGCGUGACGUGUCGCCUAGUGUAUUCAACCUGCCGAUUUCUUGCGCUUCUGCCAGAGACUGGAAGAAAAAGAGGAGAUUGUUUACAUUGUUUUACCAGGUUUUACCACAUAAAAGGGACACCGUUUGAAAACUAUUGGAUUUAAGGAUUGCAAACAGACCUGAGGCUGCUACUGGAGGUUCUUAUCAAACUAUUGGGGAUGAAUCGCUGUACAGUCGCUUUACUCUUGCUGGUCAUCGUCGUUUAUUCACUGAACACAGAGGCCUAUAAGUGCAGAUGCACGCGAAAAGGCCCGAAGAUUCGAUAUAAAGAUGUGCAAAAGCUGGAGAUCAAGCCUAAACAUCCAUACUGCCAAGAAAAGAUGAUAUUUGUCACCAUGGAGAAUGUGUCCCGUUUCAAAGGUCAGGAGUAUUGCUUGCAUCCCAGACUCCAGAGCACUAAAAACCUUGUCAAGUGGUUCAAAAUCUGGAAGGACAAGCACAGGGUGUAUGAGGCCUAAAUGUUGUACAUGAUGCACAAGGCUGAAAACAAUGUGGGAUGCACAACAUUACUAGUGUAAUGUGGAUGACCAGAGGACCAAUAUUUUUAGAGCAUGACAAGGCGUUUACCCAUACAUGCUUAUUAUAAAGCACAACAGUCCAUUUUCUUAUUUAUAUUAAUGUGGAAUAAUUUAUAGUCCUACAAAAUGUUUAUUAUACAGUGUAAUUAUAAACCAAAUGUGUCAGUUAUGGCAGCGAAAAGUCCCUGUGGAUCAGUGCCAUCUGUAAGACGUGAUCAUUACAUUUUUGUGUAAUGUUUUCUUUAGUAUCAGUUCUUGGUCUGAUUAAUUGUGUUGUCGCAUAUAAAAGGGGUCAUUUGGAACGUAGGGUUCUCACAGCACAACAAAAUAAAAGCACACACACACACACACACACACACACACACACACACACACACACACACAAAAAAUGAAAGGUAGUUGAUGUGUUAAUAAUAUCUCCAGAGAAAUGCGUGCUAUCAUGCCAACAUUCAACUGGUAAAAAGAGGCAACAUGUAUUUCUUCACAAUCAUUUUGGUUUUCACAGAGGCUUGUUUUGACCAUGCCCAAAUGUGUCAGAGGAAUUUGUUGGUUUUUUUUACAGUUAUUACCCUGGAUUUUGGUAGGUAAUGCAAUAUGGCGACAUGAACAAUUGCAACAUAAAAUAAAAUAAACCAUUUAAAUGCAUACCUUUACUUAAUUUGCACAUGUACUUUAUUCCACUGUGGAAAUGUACUGGCAAACAACAAGCACAUGAACUUUGGGGCUUACAGUGGAUCAUGUUUAACAAGAGGUUUAUUAUUUAAUACUCACCCUUCUAUCUGCACAUUAUGAACUAAAUGUGCCUCCUCUAUGAGUUUUUUAAGCUAUUAUUUUAGUUUGUUUGGUAUGACUAUUUUUAUUUUUUAAACGGAAUGUUUCUUGUCGCUUCUUGUACAUCAAAUUGUAUGUAAGCACAGAAAAUUGGUUCUUGUGUAAAGACCACCUUGCCUAGUCUAGCUUGUUCAGAAUUAUUUAGUUGAGCCUAUGUAUUGUAUCACAGAAUUAUUGGUUUACUAUUUAAGUAAUAAAUAAUAGAAACGUUUGGGUCUUUGUGUUUGGAAUGACCCACCAAACACACAUUUUUAAAGGAGUGUAAUCUUAAAGCACAGCAAUAAACAUUUAAAUAAAUCAAA